AUGAACAGUAUCAGUCAAGAAGCAGAUAAGUUAACAAUAGAAGGUCAAAUUCACAAAGCUUAUGAUUAUCUCAAAGCUUCAUUGAAAACACACGAUGAUGUUGAAUUGUUAUGGCGAUAUGCUCGAGCGUGUUCUCUUUGUGUUUAUUAUGUUCCAACGAGACCAAGUAAAGAACAGUGUGAAUCAUAUUUCACUGAAGGCAUGAAUGCUGCUAAGAAGGCAAUGGAAAAAGAUCCGAAUCAUGCUAAUUCUUUGACGUGGUAUGGUAUUUUAUGGAAUGAAUGCAAUAAUUUAAAAGGUAUGGAAGAAAGAUUCAAAUAUGCUUCACAAUUAUAUGAUAUAUGGACGAAAUCACAGAAGAUUGAUCCGAAUAAUUUUAUAACUGUUAGCAGUAUAGGAAUGUGGAAUUUUAUUAUGACAGAUGUAUUUAAUGCAAAACCAGAACUGUUCAAAGGUACAAAAUAUACUGGAAAGGAAUUUUCUUAUGAAACGGCAUUAAAGUAUUUGUUGAAAUCGGAAGAAUUGGCUCCUAUGCAAUCGGCAAUGACACUAGCGUUUUUGGCCAAAUGCUAUGCACGUCUAAAACAAACAGACAAAGCAAAAGAGUUUUGUCAAAAAGUACUCAAUUAUCCAAUAAAGCACGUUGAAGCAGAGGAGGCUAAGAAAGAAGUUGACGAAUUAAUGAAGACACUUUAAUGACUGUGUUUUAACAAAAACAUGAAUUGUCA